GGUGAGAUUCUCAAAUACACCGAACUGAUACCACGCGUAAUCGGUUGCCGUUUGUGUAUUGAUAGAUACGCUGAUGGACGAGUUGCUUGUUGGAUGAGGGGGCAAUUCUGUACUACUGGCUAGCAUCGGUACUAUAUAUAACGGGAGGCGAACUCCCUUAUCGUCACCUCUACGUCCUCAUUGUCCCCGAACUUCAUCUCCUAUUGAAUCUUCAAGUCAUUCCCGCAAACGAUCUCACUAUGUCUCCUCCAGCAGCCACCGAGAUCAAUGGCUCCUCGCCCCCCAUCCGCUCCAAACCUUCCUCCACCCCUCACCCCCUCUCCCCCCUCAGCGCUGCCGAGAUCCAAUCCGCCGCCUCCCUCAUCCACGCCCUCUUCCCCGCCACUGUCGACCUCCACUUCAAAACCAUCACCCUCCACGAGCCCCCCAAAGCCUCUGUCCUCCCCUUCCUCGCCGCCGAACGCUCCGGCGACCCCACCCCCUCCCUCCCCCGCCACGCCUUCGUCAACUACUACAUCCGCAACACCAACCGCCUCCAUGAAGCCAUCGUCGAACUCUCCUCCGCCUCCGUCGUCCAGAACAAACUCCUCCCGAAAAAUUACCAUGCCCCCGCCGAUAGCGAGGAGCUCAUCGACCUCGAGAAGAUCGCGUUGGCGGAUCCGUCCGUGCAGGCGGCGAUCGCGAAGCUGCAGCUGCCCGAGGGCACGGUGGUGGUGCUGGACCCAUGGAUCUACGGCAGCGACGGGGUGGACGACGACGAGCGGAUGCACCAGUGUCUAAUGUACAUGCGCGACCCUUCGAACAGCGAGGAGGUGGACUCGAAUUACUAUGCGCUGCCGCUGCCAAUCUCGCCGGUGAUGAGCGCGGUGGAUCACCGGGUGGUGCGGGUGGAUGUGGUGCCGACGGGGAGGGAUAAUGCGAUCAAGGAGCUGGGGAAGACCACGGUGUAUCCGGCGAAUGAGUACUUGCCGGAGUAUCAGACGCUAAGGACGGAUUUGAAGCCGUUGCAGAUGGUGCAGCCGGAGGGGGCGAGUUUUACGGUGACGGAGGCGGGGGAGACGAGCGUGUUAGAGUGGCAGAAGUGGAGGAUGAGGGUGGGGUUCAAUAUGAGAGAGGGUCCGGUUCUGCAUGAUAUUUCGUACGAGGGUCGACCGCUCUUCUACAGAGUGGCACUGGCGGAGAUGAACGUCCCCUAUGCGGAUCCACGAAGCCCUUUCCACCGGAAGUCGGCCUUUGAUUUGGGUGAUGUUGGAGCGGGUCUUAUGGCGAACAACCUCAAGCUCGGAUGUGACUGUCUCGGAUCCAUCCACUACCUCAACUCCGUGUUGUCCGACACCAAAGGCAAACCACUGCCCAUGGAGAAUGUGAUCUGCAUCCACGAGCAAGACGGCGGCAUCGGCUGGAAGCACACCAACUUCCGCACCGGCCGCGCCGCCGUCGUUCGCCAGCGCCAGCUGGUCGUCCAAACCAUCAUGACCGUCGCGAACUACGAGUACAUCGUCGCCUUCAUCUUCAACCAAGCCGGCGAAUUCACCUUUGAGGUCCGCGCCACCGGCAUCCUCAGCACCCAGCCCAUCGACGAAGGCCUCUCCGUCCCCUGGGGCACCGUCGUCCACCCCGGCGUCCUCGCCGUCCAUCACCAGCACAUCUUCUCCCUACGCGUCGACCCGCACCUCGACGGGCAGAGCAACCGCGUUGUCUACGAUGAGGCGUCCCCGAUGCCCAAAUCCGACUUCAACCCGCACGGUAACGGGUACGAGGUGCAUACGACGCCGAUCACGCAGUCGGGCGGCUACGAUCUCGACCCGCUACGCAACCGGCUCUUCAAGAUCCAGAAUGCCGGCGUCAAGAACCCGAUCAACGGCCUCCCCGUUGCCUACAAGAUCGUGCCGCCGCCGUUCCAGUUCACGCUCUCGGACCCCUCGUCCUUCAACCACAAGCGCGCCGAGUUCUCCGAUCACAACAUCUACGUCGUCAAGUACGUCGACCACGAGCUGUACCCGGGGGGUCAGUAUACCAACCAAUCGCGCGGCGGCACCGGCGUGCGCAGCUGGGCAAAUCGGAAGGAGAACGUGCUCGACGAGGAUCUGGUGGUGUACGUGCAGAUGGGGAUCAACCACGUGCCGCGCAUCGAGGAUUUCCCGGUGAUGCCGGUGGAGACCCUGCAGUGCCAUUUCAAGCCGGUGAAUUUCUUCACGAAGAACCCCGCGAUGGAUGUGCCGCCGAGUGAGCAGCGGUUCAAUCAGAGUACGCUGGUGAGUGCGCAGCAUUGUCAGCCGGGGGUGGAGGGGGUGGUGACGGCGGAGGGGACGGUGGAGACGAAUGGGAGUGCGUGCUGUAAUUGACGGGGGAGAUGGAUUGUAGAUUUUGGUGACAUGAUUGCGUAUAUGAGAUAUCCUAGGGAUUUAGUCAUGAUUUAGAUUAACCAAAUGGUUCAGCAGUUAGCAUCAUUUGUCAGUGUCAUGAAUCGACUUCACCCCUGAUGGACAAAGUAUGACUCACUUGGUUCUGUAUAUAAAGCAGAGGCUGCACAACUACUACUCCCAGUGUCGCGUAUCGAUACAUGAUUGGAACUGCGUCGAAAUCUAACGCAGCCAUUCUGAAUCAGCGACAGACAGCGAACGUAUCGAUACCUCGUUGGCGGAACCCAACAGUGAUAGGCGUCCACGAUGUGCUUCUUUGACUCCAAUGAAACUAAUGGACUCAGAGACUGGAACGAUGAAGAUUGUCCGUUUUCGAUCGAGUACGGGUAACGGUAAACUAAAUGAAGCAUGUGAUUAAGUACCUGUAGGUCAAGGCCGU